GUGGUGCCUUGGGACAGCAGAAACCGCAGGGAACUGGUAUGUUUGGGGGUACAUUAGGCGGGCAGCAACAGCAGCAGCAGCAAACGCCGCAGCAGGGUGGUGGGAUGUUCGGAGGGUUGGGUCAGACACAGCAGCAGCAACCGCAACAGCAGCAACAACCACAGCAACAGAGCUUGUUCGGAGGGUCGCUACUAGGUGGCCAGCAGCAGCAACCACAGCAACAGCAACAGCAGCAGCAGCAGCAGCAGCAGCAGCCUCAGUUGGGCCAAACGAUGGCUUCUCAGCAGCAAGGGUCGAGUCUGUGGUCGCCCGGUCGAGCUGUCACUGGAGUACAUCGAACUGUCCCGAUGCAGAUUCAGAUCGUCAAGGAUAAAUGGGAGGCCGCCAACCAUACUUCCCCGUUCCGAACUUACCUGUAUAACAACGUCGGCGAGGAAGCGGCACCGUUCUACCAACCGAGCGCGGAGGAUGACGAGACCAAAUGGGAAGAUGCUUUGCGGAAGCGCCCCGCUCCCGGAUACGUCCCCGUCCUGGUGAGGGGCUUCUUCGAGCUGGGCAAGCGGGCGCAGCGCCAGAAGGACUUCUUGUCCAUGAUGCAGACUCGUCUGCACGAGAUCAACAACUGUCUGUCGGACCUGCUGUCCCGCCACGACCUCAAAAUCUCCGUCAAGAUCGCCGACUGCCGACGGAAGCACCUGGUGCUGAGCAAACGCUGUCUGUCGCUGGCAGCCAAGACCCAGGUCCUGCGCAAUCGAGGCUACGCCAUGGACGAUGCCGAGGAGGAACUGAAGAAAAAGCUAACCCAGCUGGAGCGAUCGGUGUUCGAUCCCUCGCUCGGCGGCCGUGCGGAGGAGAUCUGGGCGCGGAUGCUUGCCAUUCGCGAACAAUCGAAACGCUUACAGAUGGAGAUGGAGCGGGCUGGCCCGAGAGCGGCUGCCCAAGCGGACGAUCAGAUUGAUGAAAAUACCAUGAAGACGGCGAAGAAGAUCCUCGACGACUACCACGCACAGAUCCAGCACCUGCAGAAGGAGCUCGUCUCCGUGAAGAAGGAAUUCGAGGAGGCUGAAAAGCUGACUGGCGCGUAACUCACGGACGGCUAUUCCUCUGUAAUGUCCUGGACGCUUCGAGUCCUACGGUUGAUUGACUGAUCUAUUGAAUCCUACACGGAGCAAGGAGUUUUGGAGCUUGGUUGUGGACCUGAAUCCGUAUGACGUGGCUUGCUUAAACAAACGGUCUUAA